AUGAAGUCGAUUCACAAUUGCAGUGUUGUGUUUUUUGAAGUUUCAAUCGACGAUAGGCCAGCAGGCCGUAUUGUUUUCAAGCUAUACGUCGACGUAGCACCCGUCACGGCCGAAAUCUUUCGCACCCUCUGCACUGGUGAGAGAUGUUGUAGGAUAAAUCAAAAGGCACUCUCUUACAAGGACUCUACUUUCCAUCGAGUAAUCAAGAACUGCGUGAUUCAGGGCGGCAGUAUUAUUAGAGGGAACGGAUCUAGCGGAGAUUUCAUCAGCGGAUACCAGCUUGAGGAUAAAACACUCGAGCUCGAGCACGACAGGCCUUUUUUACUAUCCAUGGCAAACUCUGGUCCAGGAUCAAACCGAUAUCAAUUUUUAAUCACAACCGUACCUACUCCACAACUGAACGGUAUUCAUGUAGUAUUCGGUGAAGUUAUCCAGGGCAGGGCGAUUGUCAGUCUGAUAGAAUCUACACCUACGCUUCUGGGGUUUAAGCCUUGUCAAGAAAUCAAGGUCACGAAUUGUGGGGAGCUAACGAGUGCUCAAGCGGAGUUGGCUCGUUUGACUGCAGAGUCCAGUAUUCGAGGGAAAAUUAAAAAUUAUAGAUUCUAG